GGACUACGUGUUUGGUUAUUCAUAAUUAGUGGUUCAUAUCAAUAAUACAAAUGCUAUCGUAAUGAAAUAUUGAAGAAAAAUAACAAAAGCAAAAAAUGAAAAUAUCAGCACAUUUUAAAUGCAUUGGUUUAUUCGUACUGAUAUUACUAACGGCAUUGAAUAUAUUGUGGACAUUUUAUUUAAUAGAAACAGAAAGUCGCUCAAGAUACAACAAUAAGCCAACAACACAUCACAGAAUUGCACCGCAAUUGGCUGCAUUAGAAGAACACAAUGAAGGCAUUACCGGGCCACUCAAUGACACAGUGUUUGGAAAAAACUCGCAGCAUAAAUUUAGGCUUGCUUUCGACAAUAUUAGCUUUGAAACGGGAAGAUGGGAUAAUCAACGAAUCUACAAGAUGUAUGACUUUGCCCUGGUUGGAGAUAAAUUUGUUAAAACCUCGCUAGAAAACAUUGUAUGUUUAGCUACUCAAAGCUCUGUGGAACGUUUGUAUUCAUUAACACAAGUUGCAUACCAAUGGAAGGGCCCAAUUUCCACUGCCGUUUUUAUUGCCGGAGACGAAGAGUUCCUAAUUUUUCAAUACUUUGUAACAUAUUUACGACUAUGCUUCACAUUCAUUCGUGAUAACGUUACAUUUCACAUUGCUGUACCGAAUAAAAAGAAGCCAAUACACAGAUAUAUUCCCAAUCUUUUAAAGAGCUUUGAUUGCAAAUACCCUGAGCAAACAUUACGCCGUUUGCUGAAAAUAAGAAAUCCGGAUACACUACGUUGGCGUCUAAAAAAUGAAUAUCCUCAAAAUCACUUACGAAACUUAGCUAGAAAAGGUUGUCAGAACAAAUAUGUAUUUCUGACAGACAUUGAUAUAAUACCAAGCUCAAAUAUGGUAUCACAACUUAACAACUUCCUACCUUCAGUUAAAUGUAGCUAUAGGUGCGCAUAUGUUAUUCCUACGUUUGAAAUAGACAACAGAGCUAAGUUUCCAGCUUCAAAGCCAGAACUUAUGCGCCUUUAUAGAAAAGGUCUUGCUCGCCCCUUUCACGAGAAAGUUUUUAUUUAUAACCAAUAUGCUACGAACUUCUCCCUUUGGCUUACGAAUUCUUCAAACGAAAUAGAGCGAGCUCAUAUAAGCCAUGUUGUGACAAAUUUUGAAUUUUUAUACGAGCCCUUUUACGUCGCUUUUGACGAUGUUCCUGCACAUGACGAGAGGUUCAUUGGUUAUGGGUUUACGAGGAAUUCACAGGUCUAUGAAAUGUAUAUUGCUGGAUAUACAUUUUUCGUACUGUCUCCAAUUUUUACUUGCCAUUGGGGUUUGCAACAGAAAAAAGCCCGUCCGGUUUGGAGGGAACAGCAAAAUAAUAUAAAUCGAAAGCGUUUUGAAAUAUUCAAAAAUGAAAUACUUGCUCGCUACAGAAGAAAGAGGUCAUGAUCAUAGUAACAAGGUUAUAAACAAUAAAUUUUCUACUAUUCAUCGCUAAGAAAAAAAUAAUAGCAUGAAAACCAUAUUCAUCUAUAUAAAUGAAACUCCAAAUGUAUUGUCAAUAUAAAUACAAGUGAUAGUAGCCUUAAAUAAACUCUAAUAAAACGUAA